AUUUUUCAAAAAUUUUUAAUUAGACGCAUUUAGAUUCCCGGCUACUAAACAUCCGUCAAAACUGUCCCUGCCUUCAUAAAAUAAUAUCAGCAUCAGAAUAUCUUUCUAAAACAUAAGCAAACAAAAUGGAUACCCUUAACUUUGUGGUCGACCUCAUCGUUACAAACUUGGAGAGUCCCGAUAUUGAAGAUUUCAGUACUGUGCAAAUUGCGGCCAAGUUCGGUGGCACAAAAAUGAAAUUGCCAGCCGACUGCAUAAAUGUGACCGACUUCAAAACUGGUGCGGGAGUGGAUAUCGCAGUACCAUCGGCAAAGCUGCGCAAAAACCUUGAGGACAAUGGAAUUACGAUGGCUGUCUCGUAUAGGAGUAAGGUCAUCGGUACCGGUCAACUAAAUAUGCCUCAAGAGACCAUAGACAUGAUAGAAGCGGGAAUGUCUGAUCUGAUGUAUAUAGACACCUGCACCAUUGAGAGGGAAGGCGUGUAUGUUGGCAAGGCAGAAGUCCUAUGUCGCAUCAUCAUCAAAUGCGAUGAAGUGGAAAUGGAGGAGCAGAAGGUUCCGUGCGUGCGCAAUGUGGAAAAAGCGAUUAAUAAGCAGGACAUCCUGUUUGUUUUGAGCGACCCUCAGGAAUGUCCAGACGUUUGUGAACCUUGUCAGGAAGUCUUGGAGCCAGAUGAGGGCGAUGAAAGGCUUAAUCUAGAUCUGGGACGCUACAGAGGCUCAGCUACCAAGGCCCAAAGAGUAACUGCAGCAACUACCACAAGUAAGCCCAUUGGUAGCAACGCCUGUUGUCAGUUAAAGCAAAUGACAAAGGAAUGUGAGAAGAUGAUUGACUCCCUUACCUGUCGCUUUGGUCGGCCAAAGACUGUAACGUCGUUCUGCUGGGGACCAGACGGAAAGGAUCUGGGCGGUACUUCCAGUCCCAUCAAUCAAUAUCAUCAGGAUAGUACAAUACCAAGUGAUUUACGUGGUCCAUGUUUCUCCUAUAUACCAGCACGUGAAGGCUACAGUCCGGACUUUUGCGAUCCGACUCUGAUACCAGCGGAAAUCAGUGACAUAAAUAAGCCAUUUAUUAAACCACCUCGCUUUUGUCCCAUCUGCCUGACCAACAUGUCGUGGCUUCCCAGGCUGGCCGACUGUCCCAGAUGCGGUGCCAAGGCUAUGCCGGUCAUUGAGGAACGGCAUAGGGAGAAGAAACUCACAUCGGAGCAAAUAAUAAAAGAGAUUUUGGGAGAGCCGAAGACUGACUCCGAAAUAUGCGAGGAUCCUUGCCAAAAAGCGGAAAGGGAGAGAGAGAGGAACGAUGAGGGGGAAUGCAACAAACAGUGCGAGUGCAAGGGUGGCCAAUUUUGUGUCCACUGUCGCAUACGUCAGCUCUGUGCUGGCAUUUUCAAAGCUGCCAAAAAUGAAGUUGAAUGCCCCAAUGCUACGCCAGGUGCCUCCGAGGACUUUUGUGUGAAAGUGAUUGACCCUCAAGAGUGCACGACACAUCUGACACAUGUGUUCUCUGAGCUAAGGGACUUGUACCGCAUGAAAGACAUGCAGCGUAGGGCUUAUUGUGGACAUAAACCUGCUAAAAAGCGGACAGUCAAGAAAAACUAUUAAUAAGCAUUAAGCAAUUUGGAAAGAAUCUAACGAAAAUGAAGAAUCUUGUUUUACAGUGGAGCUCAAUACUAUAUCACUUUCAAUGUGCACUCCUUACUUAGCCCUUAGUAUUUGCUGACCCUUAGUAUCUGCUGAUCCUCGAGAUCGUUAUAUAAAAAGAGAAAGAAGAAAACUGCUCCAAUGAAUAUUUAUUGGAUUUCAAACAGUCUCGGAACCCAGAAAUCAUUGGCGGGUGCCAUGGUGAAAGUGACUGGCAGUCACUUGUGCUGGAUAUAUGAU